UAACAGCGAGGACAAACUCUACCAAUCCUGCCUCGACGCCUGCAUUGAGGGUAUCGCGAAUAUAACGGUGGACAGGCGGAUUGUUGGUACGUGCAGACUCUCUCACCUGCUCAUGCGCCCUGCUCCACUGACCUUCCCCCAGCGACAUCCACUCCGAGCAACAACGUCAACAUCAAAACCACUAUGCAAGAGGGCAGUGAUCUUGUGAGAAAGUCUACUCCGGCCACGCUCUCCCUGAUAUCGCCACCUGUAUCGCUUGCGCAGAAAGAAGUCGUACGACACACCAGUCCACCUCCACUGUCGCCUUCAGCCAUAAUCAUGGAUCGCUCGAGGUACAUGAGCGCACCGCCGGCUGCCUCGCCCGGUUGGGCAUCUGGGGACGCACGCAGCAAUCUCGCUGUUCAACCUGCAGCUAAUGCUGGCAGCUUGAAGCUCAAGAAGAACGCCGUCAAGAUCGUUGGGGCUGCGGGACCCAUAUCUACGAUCCCGUCGCGAUCUGCACCACCUGCCCCGUCAGUGACAUCAUCGCUAGCUCUGGGCUCAGUCAAGGCCAUGCAUAAGGCUGUUGAAGGACCAGCAAGUGCCAGUACCACUAGAGUGCCCAAGCCUGCUCCCCUUCAGAAAGAGGAUGCAGUACCUGCCUUGACUGCUACUAUGUCGAAAGCGGUUCUGUCCACCAAGGAGGUCGUGAGAGCUAGAACUAAUGCCAUGCACGAAGAAUCUGCAAUGGAUGCACUCUAUGCUCGCCUUAACAGCAAAACCGUUAUGGGGCCUCGCACUCCCGUAGGUCCCGAGGUAGCAAGACCUGACCAAACUGCAUUCUCGUUCGGCGCUCGUCUUGCUGAGGCCAAGACGGACAAUCCAGAGGCUAAGGAGGCAGAGACCGAGAAGGGAGACAUACGGAGGUCUCCCGGUAGCAAGAAUACGGAACUGAGACAAGAUAAGCUAGAGAAGGAGUACAUGCGCAAGGCGAGUGAGUACAUCCAGGCUCUUCCGGACAGCACGGGGAACACGGCAUAUCUCAUCAAGGCCAUGUCAAGGAAGCUCCACGACUCAUACACCUCUACCACCAAGGUAGAUGCUGGAAACAACGAAGCUCUCAAGGCACGUCUGGCAUUCGCAGUCGCCAACUAUCUCAACAAGAUAUUGAAGAAGCGCCCGGAGUCACGUACAGCCGACUCAAUCAAACAGACGCUUGGGGAUGCGGAUGGAGAUUUUCUCCGGCUAUGUGCCAAGCUUGUGGAGGAGGGGUCCGUCUCCUUGGAGACACUGACUGAAGUAUCCGGUAUCGUCACCACUAUGCGUGAUGUUCUGCCCAAGCCAGAGCAACCUACCACCACGUCUGUGGAAGCGCCUUCGGCGACAGCACGUUCUGUUGCGAUGAGCUCUGAGAACAGCAAGCUUAUGGCCAAGGACCCAGGGGGUAGCAUAAAGGGAUGGCCGACCCAGGAGAAGCGCGAGAAUCCCGCUGCACGUCGUACGUGCAUCUUGAAGGGUGUUGGGGGGAUUACCAGUAUCAACCAGUUGCAGGCUCUUGUAUGGGGUGGCAAGCUUGAGUCCAUUUCCAUGCCAGAGCCAGGGUCCUCGAACGCUCUUGUCAAGUUUCUUACACCCGAGGCAUGCGAGAAGUAUCACAAGGACACUGCGAACGGAAUCGAGAUAGUGGGCGAGAUGAAGAAAGCAGUUGUGUUCGUCGAGAAGGCUGAGGGACCAAACUCUAUCAACGAUGUCAUCCGCAACUGCAUCGAUGGCGACGCGUCACGCUGCGUGCGAGCUAUCGGCACCAACGAGCACAACGAAGCAGCUCUCAUGAAGUUCGCUCGGGGCAAGAGCGUCACCAAGCGCGACGUUGAUCGUAUCAAGAGCGGAAAGACCGCCCGUGGUCAUUCGUACGUCGAGUUCCGCUUUGCAAACAUCUACAACGCUCUCAACUUUAAGCGCGAACUCAUGGACAGCGAGGAUUGGGAGCAUUGCACCAUUGGCUAUGCAUCCGAUCCGUGUGAGCUAGCCAGGGGUGUUCAUUACAAGGAUGCGGAUGAGAGAUAGAGCUGCAUUGGUAUACUCGACCAGACCAUGUGCAUCACACUAGGCGGGGAACACGGGCUUGAAGAGGUGCGCGAAACCCACUGUGUCCACAUACGAAGACUUUUGAUGGGAGUGAAUCCUCGAAAGCGGGAAAACAAAACGUGAGUAG